CGUCCUUCAAAAUCCUCCAUAGAUAAUUCCAUCAACCAGCAGUGCAGUGAUGAGUGUAUCGACUGUCGUCGUCCUCAGUCCCCACCUCCAUAGAUAAAUCCUCUCAUCUUUCUCUCUCAUUUUGAAAUUUAUUAGUAACAGUUACAAAAGGUGGUGGUAGAUGCAUGAGUAAAACACCAACUACCUGUAUAUCACACGAAUCGCCAUCCUAUUAGCCUCUCCUCUUUCCGUAAUCCAAAAAUUGUUGGAGCUUCGAUUGGUUUUCUUCGCCUCGGUUACCACGCACCAUCCGCAACGACUUUUAUCCUCCGAAGGAUUGAGAUAGCAAGGGAGCGAUGGUGAGUAUUCGAAGGCGCCGGCUUCUAACAACAUGUUCAGGACAAAAUUCUUUGCUGGUGCCACAUCCGCUGACAUUCAACAAUGGAUGCGCUCCCGUGGUCAAUAAAGCUUCUGGUGUUUGUCCUCUGCCUUUAAAUGACAGUUUGAAGCCAAAAGAAAAAACCACUACAGAAAUGGCGCCGGGCUCGUCAAGCGUGUCUGCAUUUAGUCCAUCGAAAGAGCAUUGCUUCCAGUCGUUCCCUGAGGUUAAACGUAGAAAGCAACACAGGAGGAAGCACGUCGACAACCAAGAACCGUGCAUCAUGCGAGGGGUCUAUUUCAAGAACUUGAAAUGGCAGGCUGCCAUUAAAGUCGACAAGAAACAGAUCCAUUUGGGUACCGUUAGCUCUCAAGAAGAGGCUGCGCGAUUAUACGACAGGGCUGCAUUCAUGUGUGGGAGGGAGCCGAACUUCGAACUUUCUAUGGAGGAAAAGGAGGAGCUUCGAAAAAUUAAGUGGGACGAGUUUUUAGCCAUUACUCGAUCAGCCAUCACCAGCAAGAAAAGCCAUAGACGAGCUGGAGUAGGUUUGCGUGGAAAAGUCGAGGACCAUGAAUGGGAGGUCGAGGAAGCACAGAAUGGUUCUUCAGUCUCGGAGGAUGAUGAAGCCGCUGCAUGGUGAUGCCCUCUCAACUUCUCGGCAAGAUUUUUAGUUUGAUGGAUUUGUCGUAUAUUCUCUUCGUUUAUAACAAAAGAUACCGAAUCUUGUUAGAACAUAAUGUUGGUUCGCAUAAAAGUGUAUUUGUCGAUGUGACCUUAUAGAAGCAAAUAGUGUUUUUCAUAUUGUUCAUAUAUAUUUGAACUA